AAUGGAUUACGACUCCCAAAGUAACGAUACGGAUGUCGUGCGAUACAUUGUCGAAUCUGAGUCGACUAAACCGUCAUUGGGAAGAGACGGCAUAAAGUACGACCAACGAGCGCCGAGUGCGUACAGCUGUUUGUCCGACAGUUUUGAUACCGACUUGGAAGAAGAUUUUCCACCAAGAGUCCAACCCUUGCUGAACUUGCAGCAGUUGUAUGCGGUCCAUUGCCGAGAGUUCUGUGUUGUCCCGUGCAGUUCUUUUGUACGUAGUAUUUUCAAAGACGAGAUUGAUAUUUCUCAUUAUAACAUCGGGCCUAAAGGAUGCAGAGCAGUUGCCAAAACUAUGAAACAAAACACCACUACCACUCUGCUUAACAUCAGUGACAAUGGGGUAGAAACAGAGGGAGCUAUCGCAAUAGCUGAAUUGUUGCAGGAAAAUUUCUUUUUGACUGUCGUAGAUAUGUCCAUGAAUUCCAUUGGAAAGCAAGGGAUUGAAGCUCUUUGUUCAAUGUUAAAUAAUAACAAAUAUUUGCAAGAAUUGAGUUUAGCAUCGAAUAAGAUAAACGAUAAGACAGUUAGAUCUAUUGCAAAUGCACUGAAGGAGAAUUCAACGCUGCGUGUAUUAGACUUAGGUACCAAUGAUAUCGGCAGCGACGGUGGUGCAAUUUUGGCGGCUGCAGUUCAAGCCAAUGGAGGAUUGUUUUAUUUGAAUCUUGGUGGGAAUUUCAUACGCAGAAAAGGCGCAGUUCAACUGCUUGAAGCCAUUGAAGCAAACGACACUCUGCGCUCUGUAGAUCUUAGUUUCAACGGUCUUGAUGUUUACGCUGCAAAUGCCAUUGAAAGCCUUCUUAAAAGAAAUACGACAUUGAAAGAGUUGGAUAUUUCACACAACAGACUUUCAAGUGAGACAGCCCAGAAUAUAGCUGUUGGUUUAGAAAAGAACACUGUGCUCAGAGUAUUGAAAGUGGGCUGGAACCCCCUUCAGAGUGCUGGCGCAAAGAUGAUCGUGGACGGAAUUACUGGGAGUGAUGUAACAGUGUUAGAAGAAUUGUACCUUGAUGAUAUCCCCGUUACUGGAGAAUUCGAGGAUGCUUUGGAGAAUCUUUUUGAUACAACGCCGGGGGUGUACGUUCAAUUCGGAACAAGAGUAAGAGGAAAAGGCCAUCGUAAGAGAAAGAAGGAGCAAAAGGUUUGUCGAUUUGAAAUACGUAAAAUUUCCCCUUGCAUUCGUAGUUACGACAUUGCUGUGUUUCAUUAUUCUUCGUUAAAUAAAGAAUAUGUUAUUUGAUAAAGAUAAAGAAGGAAACGCCGAAAUACAACACAGCUAACCUCUAGAAUUGAAAUUAAGAUGUACAUUUGGGCAAAGUGUCUGUAAUAAAUUUACAGAUAAUGCAACUCUAUAAGCUUUUUUAUAUUGAGAAACAUAUCUGUUAUGAAUCGUUAUUUUUGCCAUAGUGUUUUGAUGAUUUGUAUUUCGCUAUAGGACUUGGUAUCAAGAAUUUUGGAUUACAUUGAAUUCCGUGGCAUUCGGAUGAUGGAUUUCUUUCGUCGCAUGGACAAAAGCGGCAAAAUGAUGAUUACCAAGGAACAGUUCCGGAAAGGUCUUCAAACGGCUGAAAUU